UCGUUAGGUACUUGGAAACAGGAACUUGCUGGUUGGAGGGCGAGAGUGGUCAUGGUUGCAUUGAUGGAUUUAUUUGUCAAACAUUUAUUUAUUAUGGUUGUUGGGAAAGUAUUUACAUUAUGAUACAUUAACGCUUCCGCUGAACUUGAUGGUUUUCGAAUUACUAAUGUUUGGAUUUUAUUACUAUUAAAUGAUGAAACUAUAUUUUAAACUUAUGAAUUCAAUGUAAUUGGUGGCUCAUUACUAGGGGUCACAUGCCUAACAGGGAUACUCCCUAAGUGGUAAAUUGAGGGUGUGACAGUUUGGUAUCGGAGCCACUGGUUAUAGUGAACUUGGUUUUAAAACGUUUUUAUAAAACCGGACUAUAACCGAACUGAUCCGAAAUCGACCAUGACACUUAGCUCCAGACUGCAAGGUUCGUCUCUUGUUUAAUACUGCACAUUAUUUCUAGUAUUUGCUAUUAGAUAACAUUACAUGUGAAUGCACACUUGGCACAAUAGUAUGAACUUAUAUGAUAAUAACCCACAUUACGUGUUUUCAGAGUACAACUUUUCCUUGAACUUUCAUAAUCUGUGUUGUGGUGUCACCUACUGUAUUGCUUGAAUUCGGGGAACCUUUCUAACACGAAUUGAGUGGAGCUGAGAUGAACAUGCAAAUUGGAUUAUUAUUGUGGGUGCACACAUAAUAAUAAUGUGGGGUGCAUGUGAGUACCAGUGAAACUUAAUAAGUGUGAAAAAGGAUUCCACUAUGUUAGUUGAUGUUAUGCUAGAACGUAGAAAUCUGUGGAGACCAUAGUAAUGCUUGCCUCCUACUUGAACUUGCAUGUUGAAUUUUUCCUUUUCUUAUAUAUAGAAUCAUGAACGGACGUGGCGGACGUAAUGGUGGACGUGGUGGAGGCCGCGGUGGUGGACGUGGCCAUAUUGCUAUGACUCAGGCUGAGUUAACCGAUCUCAUCAACACUCGCGUGGCUGAAGCCUUAGCGGCUUAUCAGGCUGGUCAACAGGUGCAACAGAAUCAGCACCAUCCGCCUGUUUGCACGUUUAAAACCUUCAUGGAUUGUAAGCCGUAGACCUUCAGUGGGACUGAAGGGGCUGUAGGACUCUUGCGUUGGUUCGAGAAGGCAGAGUCCGUAUUCGCGAUGUGUAAUUGUCCGGUUGGGGACAGAGUGAAGUAUGCUGCGGGCACGCUCGAGGAUGGUGCCCUGACAUGGUGGAAUUCCCAGGUUCAGCUAUUGGGCAUUGAGGCGGCGAACGCCACUACGUGGGAUGACUUUAAAGAGUUGAUGAGGGAGGAAUAUUGUCCUCGUGAUGAAAUACAGAAAUUAGAAAAUGAGUACAAUGAUCUGAAAAUGGUGGGGUCUGAGAUUGAAGCAUACGUGAAGCGGUCGUAUGAGUUGGCUGACUUGUGCCCGAAUUUGUCUCGACAUAUGCCUCGAAGAAUUGAGUUGUUUAUCAAGGGGUUACCUCCACGGGUGAAGGGUUUGGUUACUGCGGCAAACCUUAAUAACUUAACUCAGAUUGUUCGUUUAGCUCACAAGAUCGUUGAUCAGGAGGUGGAGAGCAAUUCGCUGCCACCCCGUAUUUCUAGUACUACUACAGCCGCUACUACUUCCACUGCACCUACUACUGAUGGCAAGCGUAAGUGGAACGAUAUGGACAAGGGGUCCAACUCUGCACAGCCUCAGAAGAAGACGGAUACUAGCAGCAACCGCAGUUUCAGCCAGUCAUCGUCAGUAAAUCAAAACCAGAGUAACAAGUCAGGGCAGGGAUCAUAUGCGGGGAAGCUACCUUUGUGCAACAAGUGUAACUAUCAUCACAACGGGCAGUGUGCUCGGGUUUGUCAUCGGUGUAACCGAUCAGGGCACGUGGCUAGGGAUUGUAGGGCUACACUUCCAGCUCAGCAGCAGCCAUCAUAGCAGUCGGGUAGACAACAGACUCAGCAGAACCAGGGUACUCAGAAAGGGUGUUAUCAGUGUGGGGCCGAGGGGCACUUCAAGCGAGACUGUCCUCACCUGAAGCAGAACACAGGGGUAACAACGGGAAUAACAAUGCUGGAAACAAUGGGGUAAUGUUGCGCGUGGGCGCGGGUUUGUGUUAGGAGCUGGGGAAGCAUAACCUUUAUUCUUAUAUAUUAUUUUGAUGGGAAAACGUCAAAGAAAUGUAACAAAGUUUGCCAAAUGUUCUAAUUAAGUCAUUCAAACUUUUUUUU